AUGAAGCUCACCUCCACCCUCAUCGCCUUCUUCUCCCUCGCGGCCCCCGCCGUGCAGGUCCUCGCCCAAAAUGCCACCGGCCUCGGCUACGGCAACAUCACCUCGUCCAUCCCCAGCAACAACACCUCGCUCUCCUUCGGGCGCAACUAUGCCGUGCUCAACCUGGACAUGAUCAACGGGAUCUACGGGUCAUUCAAUACCACCUCCCAAGGCCAGCAGCUCAUCAACUCUACGGUGACGUGGAUCAAUGCCGUUCAGGCGCAGAACCCUCCGCCAUUGACGAUAUGGACAAGGAUCUACUUUUCGAACGUGCUGAGGCCGGAGUUAGGUGUGGGGGUGCCGUUCCAGAAGGUCAUUGGGGGGUUGGGGAAUAUUACGGAGAGUAGCCCGGCGGGGCAGAUUUAUGGCGCGUUCAAGCCGCUGCAGAAUCGGGAUGUGAUCAUGCCCAAGACGAGGCUCUAUGCUGGAGCCGGUAAUGCCAUGGAGGAGAUCCUGUCGAGCUAUAAGAUCGACACUGUCAUCCUGAGCGGUACCCGUGCCUCCGCCGUCAUCCUCUCAACCGCCCUCCGGCUCUUUGACCUCAACUACAACGUCUAUGUCAUCGCCGACAACGUUAUCGAGACUCCCCCCGAUAACGGGAUCUACAAGACGAUCUUGCAGUACAUCCUCCCCAAGGAUCAGUUGAACGUUAUCAGCUUGGACCAGGCUAUUGGCGCGCUCAACCGGAGUGGGCCAGUUACUUUCUGA